AAACAAUCGCCCGCCCGCCCACUCCGGGUUUCCAUCUUCCACACCUACACAUAUGCAUUGGAGCCCUUGAGCAUUGUGUGAAUCUGCCUGACUGAACAGACGUCAUCAAAUCUGUUGUCAUCGUCAGAGCAACGACCCCUUCAUCACGAUGAGCGACGACGAAGGGUCAGGGCUUCGCGCUCAAGCUGACCCCAUUCACCACCACGAUGCCUCUCCAGAGACUAAACACAAUGGAAUCACCACUCUUCUUGGUCAAGGCCAGGAGGUCGAAAUCCAGGAGCUAGACAAGUCGGGCAACAUCACGCAGCGAUGGCUACACACUCCCGACAACCACAUCGUCCCAGUCUUGGCCAAGAACAAGUCCAACAACUUCAUUUUCCGAUCGAUGCGUGAAUGGCGCAAGGUCCUUUUUGACGCCUUUCUCCCGGUCGGAUUCCCGCACUCCGUCUCGGAUGACUACUUCGCCUACCAGACAUACGACUCUCUUCAAGCCUUCUUUUCCACCAUCACCUCUCUUCUCGCCAACCGCGCCCUCCUCCAAGGUCUCGGAGUCGGCGAUGCCAACUCUUCCGCCACAUUCGCCCUGCUUCUGACCAUCCUAAAGGAUGCCAUGUCCCGGGUUGCCACCAUUGUCUUUGCCCAGCAGUUUGGCCUCCGUAUCGAGCCAGAUGCAAAGAAGUAUCGGUUUCUAGCGGAUCUGUUCAACGACACUGCCUUCUUUCUCGAGUUGUAUAGCCCUUACUUUGGACCGUGGGGCAAGAUUGUUGCUCUUACUUCUGGUGAAGCACUCCGCGCUCUCUGUGGCGUCUCAGCCGGUGCAAGCAAAGCAGCCUUGAGCGUCCACUUUGCGAAGCAUGACAACUUGGCUGAGCUGAACGCAAAGGAAGCAAGCCAAGAGACUGCAGUAGGACUGAUUGGUCUUUUGGUUGGAACAUUUCUGGUCAAGCAUGUUGAAAACCAUCAGAGCGUCGUUUACUUGAUGAUUGGUCUGGUUUUCGCUCACCUCUGGAUGAACUAUCUUGGGGUUCGAAGUGUCUGCAUGACCAAUCUCAAUCGCCAGCGUGCCACAAUUCUCUUUCACGAGUAUCUCAAAACCGGCAAAGUCCUGACGCCGACCGAAGUUGCCCGACGGGAGAGCAUCAUCUUUUGGAGUCCUGUGGCCAGCAACCGGGACGGGCAAUCCGUUUCUCAUAUUGAGAUGGCAGAGAGCUAUUCGCACGCUAUGGGAGGAGGCGACCCUCGCAUUAACAUUGCGAUAGUUGACGGUGGUAUGCAAACCCAGUUUAUCUGGUGUCACUCUAAUACUGGCUCAACUCCUAUCAAGAUCCUCCUCUGGCAGGGCGCCGAGCCGGCCCAUGCGAUUAGUGCCUGGUUCAUGGCCUUGGAGAUAACUUGGCUCAUGGAGAAAGGGGUGGGCUACACCGUGGAGAUAGACCGGAUCUUCUGUGGAGAAAGGUCGCGGUUUAACACCUGGCAGAACGACAUUGUGGUCAAAGAUGGUCGAGAUGUGAACGGGUACGAAAAACAGUUCUGCAAUCCAGAGCUGUGGGAGAAAAUGGCAUCCAAUGGGUGGAAUCUAGACUCGCAGGCAUUUGAGACCGCAGCACCAGUGCGAUUGACGGCCCAAUUUCGGACGAAGAAGGACGAGUGAGAACGACGAUGGGCGAGCAGAACAAGACAUGACGGCCGUAGAGCUUGUUUCAUGAGCCAUGUAGUUUCUCGUGUUGAAAGUCGGCGAGUGGCGUAGAUUCUUUCAAUGAGUCGGAUUCUUAUCCCCCAGAGAUAAUUAAGAAGAUCGAACAAGAACUAUACUAGUCUUGAUGAUGUACAUUGGAGAUUUUCCUUGACUGGGUCUUCUAAACCCCCUCCGUACCUG